AUGGUUGCAGAUGGGUUGUCCAGGAUAUAUGAAGAUGCAGUGGAAAUCUCAGCCAUCUCUACUGUCAGUUGUGAUUGGUUGAAGGAGAUAAAAAUAAUGUGCUCUGAAGAUGAUUUCUUCAAGGAAAUUGAUGAUAAGUUGCAACAGGGACACCUCAGUUCUGAGGAGUAUUCUAGGAGAGAAGGAGUUUACUACUACAAGGGUAGGAUUUUACUUAGUCCUAAUGCUCAAGACUUGAAGACUUCCUUAUUAAAUGAACACCAUAAUAGUCCUUCUGCUGGACAUUCUGGAAUUACCAGAACUUUACACAGAUUGAGGAGGUCUUUUUAUUAG